GGCAGGAGAGAGGAACCCCCGGUCCGGUUUGCCUCCACGCCUCCCACUCCACUUCCUAUAUUGUCACGUUCUGUUUGAGCACGAGGAUCUGUUCGGAGCAGAAUGACAGGAGAGCUGCGGGACGACGAGACGGAGGAGGAGUAUCUGCAUUCGUUCAUCCGGAAACAAGGGAACAUUUACAAACCGAACAACAAGGACAUGGAAAACGAGAGUCUGAACGAGAAGGCGAUGGAGGACGUCCACACCAAGGAGAUCGACCUGGUUAACAGGGAUCCGAAGCGCAUCAACGACGACGUGGUCAAGGUGGACUUCGAGGACAUCAUCGCGGAGCCUGCGGGAACCUACAGCUUUGACGGCGUGUGGAAAGCUAGCUUCACCACCUUCACCGUCACCAAGUACUGGUGCUACCGGUUGCUGACAGCGCUGGUCGGCAUUCCCCUGGCGCUGAUCUGGGGAAUCUUCUUCGCCAUCCUUUCCUUUGUCCACAUCUGGGCCGUGGUGCCGUGCGUAAAGAGCUACCUUAUCGAGACCCACUGCAUCAGCCGCGUCUACUCCAUCUUUGUCCACACCUUCUGCGACCCGCUGUUUGAGGCCAUGGGCAAGUGCUUCAGCAACAUCCGGCUCCGCACGACAAAGGAGGUGUAAAUGCACGAGAAACACGAGGAAAAAGGAGGAUUCAUUGCAAAUCACAGGAGGGAGGAAAAAGUGAGAUGGAGAGAAAAGUUAGGGAAUGGGAAAAAAAAGUAGACCUCUGGAAAAUAAGAGGUUGAGGGAUGUUUGGAGGGGAAGAGGCGAGGUCACCCAACACCUGGCCCGGCCUUUCUGACUUCUCUGUUUUUUCUCUCCAUGGCGGCUUAGCCAACCAGGUGGGCACCCAAAAAAUUCAAAGGUUAAUUCUUCUGGGUUUUUCUUGAGGUUUAGGUUUUGUGUGCGUGUGUAUGUGUGUGUGUGUGUGUGUGUAUGUAUGUGUGUGUUAUUUUUUUUAAGUGCUGUUUCUUUUUUCAAGCAAACAGUCGACAAAGCAUCGUAUCCUCUCAUUAGAGUCGUUCCAUGUGUAAUCCAUGUUAAGAUGAGGAGGUCAGGGUCUGCUGCUGUUGUUCAUGUUUUCUGUUUUUGGGGCCCCGGUAGUCCGGAGCGGGAUGGUCAGACUCAAAACUAGGGCUAAGGGGGGGUCGCUGGGGUCAAAUCGGAGACAAAGGGCAAGCACUGCUGGAUUCUGUCUGACUCAGCAAACGCGCUACUCCCGCUCGCUCAGAGUGGCACAACAACAACCUGCUGCCUUUCCAUAACCCCCUAAACCCCCCCCAAAAAACAUCCUCAUUCACCAA